AUGCGCGAGGAGACGUGCCUGCCGCUGUCGCUGGACGUCGACGAGCCCCGGACGGCCUCCAGCUCCGCCUCGCUCAGCUCCAACUCCACCGGCACACCUCAGUCUCUUUUCACGUUCGUCCGCCUUUCUCCGCUGAGAUCUAGUCGCCUUCUAGAGGGUUCCGCGCAACGAUUCUUUCUGGAAAUUGGAAAAAUCUUCAUCUUUUUUUUUGAAGUAGAGUAGCUUCUGUACGAAAGCAAUUCUGAAUUUUUUGAACCAAAAAUCGUCCAUUUUUCUAUAAAAUUAUUAGGAAAGCUUGCAAUCCUUUCGUCGUGUUUUUAAAGGCGCAUAGGCGGUUUUUAUAAAGGUCUCAAAGCGAAGACGAUUUCUGAGCUUUUUAAAGUCUUACAAGACCUAAAAAGGCCCCAAAAUUUUUUUAUACGACUACAGGGCAAUUUAAAAUCUUUUUUUAAAGACGCACUGGCGGUUUUCAUAAAGGUCUCAAAGCGAAGACGAUUUUUGAAAAUCUUACAGGGCCUAAAAAUGAUUCCAAAUUUUUUUAUACGACUGCAGGGCUCUUUAAAAUCGAAAAAGCUUCAAAAAUGUUCUCAAUUUCGAACUGACCCGAAAAAAAUGAUGAGAUUAUAGUCUGUUCAGAUUUUGAAUGUCAAGUAGAAUGACGUCAUUCGAAAACGCUCUGUGGAUGUUUCGCUCUCUGAUUGGUUUAUUGCGUGAUUAGGGGCGGAGCUUCAGAGAGGACUUUACACUUGGAAACUGAACAGACUAUAUCAUGAUUCCUUGAUCCUGGAAAGAGUCGUUGAGCGGAACUCUAAAUUUAUCGUUCCUAAGGCAUCCCCGCUUGCUGAACCGUAGUUCCCCUCCCUAGAAAUCCUAGAAACCCCGACCAUUUUCCAGUUGCGAAUCGUGCAAAAGGUCGGUUUCUUCACUGAGAAGCCUGAAACGACAUCACACGACUUGCAAACAGUUCAUCGCCGAGUUCGGACCACCCCCCGAGAGCGAGUCAGUCUUUCUUUGGACUUUUUCUGAUGGAAAAUUUUCAUCUGAGUCGGUUAAUCAUUAUUAGAAUGAUCCAGAUACGCUCUUAAAUUUUAGGUUUUCUAAUCAUUUCAAUUCCUUUUUUUCCACGUCAUACGAUUCUGAAUCCGAAACUUUUGGCAAAACUUUGUUUAAAAGAAAUUUGAAACAGAGAGCUUGGAUACUGCUGCAUUUUUGGCGAGUUUCCAAGUUGAUAAACGAAUUUUGACCUGGCUAGGUUUCGUCUUCCGAUCGAUGUUUGUCCUGGAUAAAAUUUUAUUUUCAUAAGUUCAAAAAAUUCACUUUUUAUAUAGCCUCAAAUCAAUAGUAUCUAUAUAAAAAAUCUCAAUUUUGAAUUUUUGAAAAAUUCACUGUGUGUUCUGUCUAUUUUAGUACCAAAAAGAGGAAAAGUAUUAAGUUUUUUUAUUUCAAAGACAUAAUUAUUAUUAGCUUUUUCAACUUUUCUGUUACUCGUCCGAGUUAAAAACAGUUUGACUUUAAAUCCGGUAAUAAUUAGGAAAAGGAAGACCUCUACAACUUCUAAUUGAUGAUUGACCGAUUGGGAUGAAAAUGAUACCCGAAAAAGAAUUGUUUCUUCUUUUUUGCUUGCACGAACCUUGUGACUCUGUCGUGAUAGUGUUUGGUGGUAUUUGUAGAUGGAAACGGUAUCAUCGGUCCAAGUGGCGACGGCAGCGACGGCCGGCCGCCCCGCGCAAGCCCCGCGCGCCUCGACCCUACGUCGUCGAGCCUUCAGAACCUCCGGAAGUCACCUCGACGACGACCGCCGCCGUCCCCUCGACGAGGAAGGAACGGGAAUCGGCCAGGAAGGCCAAGUUGCUCACCGAGACGUUGAACAUGAUGCGAGGCUCGUCGGAUGAGGAAGAGACGCCGCCGGCUUCGAAAACAAGGAGGUCGAAGCGGAAGAUGGAGGCGUCGCCUUCCGAAGUCUCAUCCUCGACGUCGGCUCCUCCGGAGACCAAAGUCGAGGUCCAGAAGCCUCCAGAAGUGCUCCCUCCGCCACGAGUCCCGCCGUUGCCCGUGCAGAAUCCCAUUCCGCCGCCUCAAAUCCCUGCGCCUCCACCGCAAGUCUACCAGUACCCGCCAUAUCCCUACUACCGUCCCGUGGAGUUCAACAACAACGGUCCCUUCAAGAACGUCUACCAGCCGCCUUACUUCGAGCCGCAGCAAGGCUUCUAUCACUAUCCGACCUAUCCACUCCCACCACCGCCUCCGCCGCAAUACCUGACCCCGGCCUCGUCGGUAUCGCCGUCCGGAGGUCUUCCUUCCAUAACUUCUUCGCCUUGGUUCUCCGCCAUCCCCACCGUUUCGCCUCCAAAAACCGAACUUCUGACUUUACAAACGCCGUUUCUCACUCCGGCGUCGACUUUGUUGACUCCAAAGGUGGAACCUCCGGCUGAGAAGGAAAAGGAAAAGGAAAAGGAAAAGGAGAAGGAGAAGGUAGAGGAAAAAGUGGUCGAAGAGAAGAAGGAAGAGACCAAGGAAGAUUCUGAAGAAGAAGAGGUUGAUGAUGAAGAAGACGACGAGGACAUCUCUCUGGAUGAAAUCACUGGGUUUGAAUUUUUAUAUUUAAUUGGGAAAAGUGAGGAUUUAUUUGGCAAAAAAACGUGAAAUUUUUGAAAGGGUUUGGGUCAUUUUUUUAAAGAACUGAAAUUAUUUUUUCAACUUGAUUUGAAAUUUUCUAAUUUUCAUUUGACUGAUAUGAUAAGGCUUGUAGUAUGGAAUAGAAUUAAAAAAAAAUUUUUUUUUUCAAAAUUUCAAAAUCUUGAUUCAAAUUACUGUCAAAAAUUAUUAGGACCAGAAUUUUUGAAAGUUUGCUUUUUUGGACGCAUGUAGAAUGGCUCAAUGCUCUGCGGAUCGAGUUGAAAUUUCGAAAUGAACUUGUUUCCGACGCGCAAGUCGUUUCUGGUCGGGUGCAUCUUCAAAGCCAUUCCUCAUGCGACCAGAUCAACAGUGAAUUCGAAAAAUUCCGAUUUUCACACCCGAAAAACUGAAAAAUAUCGAUUUCGCGUCUUUGCCGAAUAAAAAUAUCCGUGCGAUAGUUAUGUUCCACUUUUUUUUUGUUUCCCUCGAACACGCUAUCAAUCAUUCUCGAUCUCGUGUUGGAAAAGUGUUGUGGUGCCGUUGUAAUGUUCUUUUUUCUUCUUCAGCACGCGACAUUUUGUUAGUUUUUUCGGACCUUUCCGAUAGGUGGAACCAAUGAUUUUGAUCGGGGAACCUCUGGGAUGAGAAUAAGUGAGGGAACUUGACAGACUGCCGAAGCAGGCGGUCGGCAACAACACAUGCGAGGACUGCUCCCGACAAUUGUGCUCCGCGAGCAACUUGAAACGCCACCGCAACACCUGCAAACUCGCCAUUCAGAGGUUCCCUUUUUGUUUUCCUCCGACUUGUUGACUGCAGAAAGUUUGAGAUUAGCAUUACUUCUUUGAAAGAUCCACCUAAAUGAGUUAUCGAAAAGAAUCAGACUUUUUGAAAAAGCUAUAAUACCUAUGCAUAUUUUGACUCGCAAGGAAGUUAUUUCGAGGCUGGGAAUUUCCUGAAAAUUUACCUUACCACUCUUUGAUGUACCAGAAAAAGAUUCAGCGAGUCAACCUGCACAACUUUCUAGUUUUUAAGAAAGGACACCUCAAAGUCAUAGAAAACCCUCAAAAUCCGUCGAAGUAGGCCAUUUUUGGUCUUUGAGCUCUCAAAAACUAGGAAGUUGUGCAGGCUGAGACAUUUAAACUUUUCUUUGGCUAUAUCAAGAAGUGUUCUGGUAGGUUUUGCAUUUUCCAAAAGAAAAAAGUUUUUUUUGAUAUUAAAUGAAGGAAUCCCAUUUAAUUUAGCUAAUUUUGAUUUCAUAAAAACUCUUUUUUCAUCACUGGUUCGUUAUAUUCAUACCUUUCAUGAUUUUUUGAACAAAAGUUGUAGCGAGUUUGUGAAUUUCAAAGCGGAUUCAAGCUAAGGAAUGCAAAGCUCCGCCCACUGUCCUCUCAAAGAGUUAUUUUUAAAUUUCUGUUGGGACUUUCUUGAAAAUUGGUCAGCACACUCAUUGAUGCACCAGAAAAAAAAUCCUGAAAAUCUCAGCUUGUAAACUUUUCUAGUUUUUCAAGAAAGAAGGGCUUGUAGCCCCGAAAUGACCUAUUCUAACGGUACUUGAAGAAAAUCUUUGUCUUUGUGGUGUCCUAUCCCAGAAAUUGGAAAAAAAGACUUGCAGGAAAACUUGAGAAUCUUUAUCUGGCACAUCUGGAAGGAUUCUGUUCAACUUUUCGGAUUAUCCUAACCGUAAACAUUCCAAAUUUAAAUCUUUUUAUUCGGUUGCUCGUCUAUGAGAUACUUAUUUGGGCAUAACUUCUAGUUCUUUCACAUAAAAUUGACUAAGAUUCCAAAUUUAUUAUUGAAAAUGCGAAAAAUGGCUGAGAAAGUGAAUAUGAUUCAAAGGAGCUUAACUUUUUCAAAAAUGAUCUCAAGUUGCUGUUUCUUGAGAGCGAGCAGCGCCUCGGCGCCACAGACGCCGAUGUCGGGCCUGCGGUCGUCGGCGGCGGCGACUCCGCAGCCGAUGAUGUCCUCCCUCUCCGGCACCAACACGCCGGCCAUCCAACUGCCGAUUCUGAAGCAGACGACGUCGGCCCCCGCCGCCGGGUCCUCCAUCAUCCUGACGAAGCCGGCUGGCUGGCAGCCGCAGACUGUAGAGAUCGGCAGCAAGGAACGGUCAGUGGAAAUCAAUCAUUCUCAGGUAGAAUGAGGCAUUUUCCAGGUACGGUACUUCUCAAGACGGCGCCAGGUCACGGACGACAGUCAGCUACGUCAUCACCACGGAGCCCUAUGUUCGUCUUCAGAAGUGUUUUUUAUUGAUCAAAAAGGGAUUUUUCCAGAGCUCUGUGAAGUACUGGGAAAAUUUUUAGUUGACUCUAUAGGGUUUUGACGUUUUAAGGGCCACUUUAGUAGUCAAAUUAGUGGCCACUUAAGGGGUUAAAAAUUAGUGGCCACUUUAGGGGUUCAAGUGCUACUACCAGAUCACUAAAAACUUUAGGGGCCACUUUGGGAGUCAAUGGAUCAAUAUAACUGGUCCAACCUGUUUGUAUUAGUUCCUGGAAGUAAUACUGGAUAAAAAAUUACUGAAGUGGCCACUUAAAUGGAAAAUAGUGGCCACUCUAGUGUCCUCUCCAAGUAGUCCUUGGCCUCUAUAGUGGCCAUUAAACAUUUUCCCAGUAGUUCACUAAAAAGUUCAUUACGGUGGGAAUUUUAGAAUGUUUCAUGUUUUUUGAUCCAGAUCUCUGAUAAACGCUAUUUUCAUGAAUUCUCCAUCGGAAAAUUCACAGAAAAAGUUAAUAUUCUCCUUAUUUGGUGAAUGUUUGGAAAAACCUGCUUCUAGGCCUCCAAAAAAAGUAUAGAAAUUUUUUUAAAUUUUUCACAAAAAAAUCACCAACUUUCUAAGUAGUAUCCUGACAUGAUUCUGAAAAUUUUCAGUCAUUUUCCGAUUUUUUUUAAAUCGCCGAUUUUUCCAGAUUUCCGUCGGUGAGCACCUUCGAGCUCAGCAUGUUCAGCAGCAGAAACUUCUGGAGCAGCAAAAAGAGCAGCAAGUCACUCCGAAACCGAUUCCACAGCCACCUCCGCCACCACCGCCGCCUACCUUUAAUAAUAAUUCGCCGUCGAAACAGCCAGGUAAAUUUUCCUGAUUUUUUUUUGAUAAUUUUUAGGAUUUUUCAUUUUUUUUUUUAAAUUUCAUAUGAUGACUUUGAAGUGUUAUAGAAGCUUGUUCUAGACAUUUUGAAAGGAAUUUUUAAAAAAGUAAGGAAAAUGAUCAGUUUUUUUGGAAAAAUCUUUUUCGAAUUUUUUUGUCUUUCAAACCGAUUCGGACUUGAGUUUUCCGUUACAGACUGAAAUUAUAUGUAUUCAUCCCAUUCAGUUUUAGUUAAAAUGCACCUUUUCCACUAGAAUCGUCAUUUUUCAGCCCUUCAAAGGGGUCGUCGAGAAGAAAUCGACGGAUUACGUCCAAAUAACGACGCAGCCUUUGCCGCCGAUCCGUGCUUCCACACAGGUUUUCACUUUUUUUUCAGUAAAAUUAUUUUUUUCAGAAAGGAUUUUUUUCAAUUUUGAGAGUUUCUGAGUUAUUUCUAAGGUUAGAAAUGAGUUUUUUUAAGGAUUUCUAAGAGCAACCCGCAAUUUUAAAAAAAAAACGACUGAUUAUGUGUCGGAUUUUUUUCCUUUUUUUCAUAAGAAAUAUACGAAUUUUCGAAUUUUUUUCCGAGAGGUUUCAUUUCUUCAUGUUUUUAUUAAGAAAAACAGCAUAUCGAUAUUUUUUUCUACUGAUUUUUUUCAUAUUUGGGGCCGAUUUCCCUUUCCAGGAUCAGAAUUAAAGUUUUUUUAGCUCCAGGAAAAAAAUUUCGAACGAAUAACAUCUUGUUACGGCUUUUUUUAAAGGAUAUCUCAUUUUUUUAGAGGACUUUUUAGUCAUUUAUUACGACAAAAAAAUAAGAGUUUUUUUGUCACAAAAUGGUAAAAAAAUUGAGAAGAUUUUUCUUCUUUUUUUCAGGACAAAUUGUCUCUAUUUUUUUGAGGAAAUUCUCAUUUUCGAGAAACUUUGAUUUAUUUAUAAGGACAAAAAUUUCCUUUAAAAAGUUGGAAAUUAAAAAAAUUUCGGAGAACCAUUCUUUUUGAAUGAUUUCUAAAUUUUUUUAAAUUAUGAAAAAUAAAGGUCCUAUUUCAACCUCCUUAUAAAAAUGAAAAUCCAAAAGUUCCAGCAUCCAUUCCAAAUGAUGCCGGAGGAUGAGGAUGACUAUGACGACGACGAUUUCGAUGAUGAUGACUUCGAUGACGAUGAUCUAGAUGUAAAUUUUGAUUUUCUUUUGUAUUAUUCCAAAAAAGUCCCAAAAAAAAAGUGCUAAAACUUUGGAGGCUCAAUUUUUGCCGCAUGUGCGCUUCACUGAUAAAUUUGGUUUUUGGAUCCAUUUUCAUUUUUUUUUGUAUACUUUCUUUCAAUUUUUGUUGAGCUCAAAUUUCGGAUUUUUUUUUUCGACAAUUUACCGAUUCUCUCUCGCUUUAUAAUAAAAUUCUUGGGUUUUGGGAUAAUUAUACUUUGGGAUAAAAAGCUUGACGGAGUAGAAGUUUUUAGAAUGACCUUUGAGGGAAAAGGUGUUUUCACACGCAUAUGAUCUCGAAAAUCGCUUCUGAAAAAGAAAAAUUGCUUGGAAAAAUGCUUUUUUUUUGGAGGAAAUGAGCUCUAAAAAUCUCGGUUGAGUGUUAUAAAAACGAUAAAUUUGGACUUGAUUCAUUAAAAAAAAAAUUUUGCUCUACUUUUGACCUGGGAUCAACGUUGACCUUUUACUCCUCACCAAAAAAAAAGUUAAUCAACUUUGUGUUCCCUUUUUGGUUUUCAUAGUUUUUUUUAAAUUUUACUCUUUUUUUCCAGUAGAUUUUUUGCCCUAGAUGUAGUUGCUGAAAAAAUUUCCAUGAUUUUUCGGAUUUCUGAGCUUUUGAAGAUCCAAAACUUAAAAAAAAUAAACCCAAAAUUUAGUUUUGAAGACUCUUGAAGACGGCUAUGGGCUCUAAUAAAACGUUGUGCCACCUAUUUCAUUCCACGGCUUGAUAACUUUUUCCACAGAGCUCUGGAGUAUUUUUUGAGCCGAAUUUCGAAAUCAGCGUGAGAAACUGCACCUAGUUAACCUUACCUUAUUUGAAAGCAGAAAAAAAGCUUCUUCGAAAACCUUUGACAAGAAAAAAAAAUAUCAGAAAAUGUUAUAAUCCGAAAUUUCAGUUCCAGAUGUUCGACGAAGAUUUCCGAAUAGAACAGCAGCCGUUGAUGAACAACGUCGUCAUUUCGCAGCCGAUCCGGAAUCCUUUCCAAGAGCCGCCGAUGCCGCAGAAUCACCAGAUGAACCAUCAACAACAGUUCAAGCCGACGCAGAUGAACCAUCAACUCCAACAAGUUCAACACGUUCAACAAGUUCAACACGUUCAAGUUCAACAACAGCCUCCGCCUUCGAUGCCUCCAGUACAGCAGGCCCAACAGCAGCCUCCAGUUCAACUACAGCAUCAACCUCAAGUUGUUCAACAGCAGCAUCAACCCCAAGUUGUUCAACAGCUGCAGCCAGCUCAAGUUGUUCAACAGCAGCCAGCUCAAGUUGUUCAACAGCAGCCCCAACCUCAAAUCGUUCAACCACCGCCGCCACAGAACUUGCAAGCGACACCGCCGAAACCUGUCGAAACUCCUUCCAAUGCCAAGAUUGAGUUCGUCGACUUGGAAUACCUCAAAGAAAUCAUUCAUGAUUUUCCAGGUAUCCGAUGGACGAGACCGACGUUGCUCCAAUGGACAGUAUCAUCACGACUCAGCCUCUGCCUGGGUAAUUUUUUUUGUAAUGUUAAGAAAGUUCUCUUGAAUAAUCACGUCCUUCUUUUUUUUUUCUCAUUCCAAAACUUUCCUUUUUUUAACCAGCUUAGAAAUGAUUCCAAUUUCCAGUGACCGGAUAGCGUCGUCGACGAACUUCGGCGGCGCUCCAGUGACCCGUUCAGAGACGUCGAUCCGCAACAACUCCGCGGUCGACGCCAUCACGACGACGCAUCCCGCCGGGAUGGGCGUGGCCGGCGCGGCGUUCGUCGUUGCCCCGACGCCCGCCCCGACGUCUUCCGCCCAGUCUUCUGCCAAGAAAGAGACCACCAUGGAGUUCCAAUGUCCCGAAUGCCUGAAAACGUAGCUUGUUCCUAAAUUUCACCUUGAAACUGGAUUUUUUCUAGGUACUCUUGCCGGAAGAACGUGAAGCGUCACCGGAUGGCCGUCCACAAGCUGACUUCUCAGGAAAUCGCCAGAAAUCCGGCUCCCGGAGCCACAGUCACCGCCACGGCGGUACCUCCGCUCUUCAGCCGGCGGCAUAACCAGAGUGGGAAACGGGAGAAGUCGCCCGGAAAUCACCCGGUGGUCUUUGCCUACGAGAAGGUUUCGUCGUUCUUCGUCAUCUCAGAAGAGAUCAAAUUUUUCAGCUCCCAACUCAGCCUCAACAGUCGCCAGCCACACCUCAACCUCCGAUUGAAGUCCAGAAACCUGUUCUCAAGCCUGAUCCGCCUCCCAAGCAACCAUUGGCGCAGAAUCCGCCGGCUACGCCGCAGAUGCACCUUCCUGCAGAAGUGACGUCACCUUGGGAGCAGCCGACUCCUUCGCCUUGGCGUCGGUCCAGGGAAUACGUCGACGAGGAGGAGUCCAUCGAGACGGCCAGAAUUGCUGCAGAACUCAAGCGGAGUGCCGAGGAAGAGGUACUGGGAAAUGCUGACCUUGAAGUGGCCCCUAGAGGGAGUGUGAUAAGGACCCUCUAAGGAACCUAAAUGAUACCUCUACGUCCUGAAGCUCUAGGGAUCGCUCAGAAAUCGCUAUAGGGACCAUUAAAUUUUACCCCCGUAGGUACCCUUAAACCAUUAGGGUUUAUUUAAACCGCUCAGAAAGCCCUAUAGAGGCCACUGUAUUUCUGAACCCUAUGGGGACCGUAAAAUUGCCCUCUCUAGUCGUCCCUGAAACACCAAACCCACACAGGGUAUACUGUCGUAUUAAACACCCUGAUUUGAUCUAAAGAUUCUUUCCUUCAGAUGGACGGAUUCAUGGCGAAAAUCCCGAGGACAGAACUCGCCGAAGCGGAUUCGACGUUCUCUGAGGACAACGAGAAGAAGUUCGAAUCCUCCAUGGGAACCCGUGAUCAACUCCAACUUUCAGCGGAAACCAUUUCACGCCACCGACGCCGAUCCACGUCCAGCCGUUGUCGGUGCGAUCCUUGACGAACAGCGCCUCGUCGACGCCUUCCUACCGUACCUCGUCGACCUCCAUGGCCGCGUCCCUUCCAAGCAUAGCCAAUUGGGGCGAUUAUGGUACGUUUCAAUCCAUUGAUCUCAAAACGUUCAUUAUUUCAGAAACGAUCGGUCAAGGACACGUCCCCUUCGCCCAGCCGAUCUCUUACAGCAGCAUGCCGCCGCCUUCGGUUCAGAACCAGCCGUACUCCCAGCCGAUCCCUCAACCAAUACAGCGUGCCCCGCCCGCCUACGAACAGCCCAGCCGACCUAUCAUUAAUCAAUCUCCAGUGCAAGCCCCUCCUCAGACUCCUCCACAGCCGCAAACUCCCCAACAAGUCAUGGACCGAAGACCGUCCCUUCCCAUCAACCAGCCACCGACUCCCCAGUCCGUUCCGCCUCCGAAGAACGAAGAAAGCUCUCCUCCAACCCCAGCUCCUUCGCAAAUGGUCACCAGAAGAGGGGAAAGAAAGGCGGAACCACCGCAGAAGAAGGUCCACGCUUGCGAGGGAUGCAACCGAGUCCUCUCCUCGGACUAUUCCCUCCGACGACAUCGCUCGACUUGUCUCGAACUGAAAAGCCUCAACUCCAAAGGAAGUUCUGCACAGGAAGGCUCCGCCCAACCGACUGAACCGACGUUGAACGCGUCUUCUGAAACGCCGUCCGCCAGUGCUCGCAACGAUAAAACGGCCGUGGUCAGCAAUUUUUCUUGUUUCUGUUAAAUCAGACUUUUUCAGAUCACGACCGGACCUCUACCGCCGCUCUCGAAGCAGAACCAGCCACAGCAGGAACAACUCCUGCAGCAACUUCAACAGAAGCAACCCCAGAAUAGGCCUCCUCCUGAGCCGGUCCUCGAAUUGGACUGCAAGUUGGAUGGAUGGGACCAUGUCGAAGUCGCGCCGGACAGCACGACGAGUCAGAGGUUGGUCCGGGAUUUCAGAGCUGAAAUAAAUAGGGCAACCGAAGGGCAUCCCGGGGUGCUCCGAGCCCCGUAGGAGUCCAAUUUUUCCAAAGCUUAUUUUGAGCUACAUUUCUGCUUAUAAUAUUUCGUUUCAAGUCAUUUUUCCAGGCUGGACCGCUCCACGUCUCCCGGCCUGGACAUUGGCGACAGCUCGGACCAAUUGAUCGGAAUGGCGUCCCCAUCUUCGAGCAGCCGUCACCGAUUCUCCUCGGGCAACUCGGGACAGUACACGGUGUCGAUGACGUCAUUGGAGUCACCGAAGUCGCUCGGCGGCAUGUUGGGCAUCUACAGCCCCUCGCCCACGGCCAUCGAUAAUAAGGCGAGAUCCCACCAUUGUCAGGUGUGCUUUGCUUGGGCUUACGCUUCCUGGUGUGUCCCGACGGCCGCCGGUUUUCGCCUCGGGCCUUCCCUAUUGUCUCAACCAUCGUUAACCGCUCUAACCGCUUUUUUGUGUGCACGGGGGAAAAAAAGCUCUUAACAAAAACCCUUCUUAGUUUUCGAAAAAUUUACUUGUUUUUAAAAUUUAGCGUUUUUUGUUGUUGAAAAGCCUUGUCAAACUUGCAAAAUUUUCCAGCUUCAGUAUUUUUUGAGAAAUUAUCAAUAGAGCGCACUUGUUUUUUAAAUUUGAUUCGUUCUUGUUUUUGAAAAGAUACCUUGACAGACAACAAAAUUUAAAAUGUAACAUUUAUCAACAGAGCACAAUUGCUAUUUUCUUUUUACUUUAAACGAUAGCUUUACCUUCAUAAGAAUUUUCGGUAGACUUCGAAAAAUUAUCAUUGGAGCGCACUUGCUCCAAGAAAUCCAAAACUCCACAGCUCCAUUCCCAGGAACCCAUGUUUUGUCCCGCCAAACAGCUUUGCAAAGGCGUUGUCCAUGUGCUUGUCCUUUCUUUUUGUCAGCUCAAAACUGUCGUGUCUUUUUUGCAGAACUGUGGAAAAUUCUACUCGUCGGAGUGGAACUUGGAGCGCCAUCGAAGGGAGUCGUGUCCGCUCAAGGACAAGUCCGGGUGAGAUUUUCUCGGGUUUCGAAGAAGCUUUUCAAGGAGCAAAAUAGACGUCUUCUAGGAGAUUUUUCUUAGUUUUGCAAGUUUAUUAUUGUUUCUUGGCCUUCCGUAUUGGUUUAGAAGAGCUUAAAAAGUUGGAAGUUCUGUUUUGGCCAGUAAACUUUAUCUAAAGCAUCUUACUGGCGAAAUCGGGUUUUAGCAUCAAGUUUGAAAGGUUCUGUACUUUUUCAAGCAACCUUUAAAGGCCUUGAUAGAAUUUUUAAGUAGCUAUGUGCAAACUUUUGCUUCGAAAUUUUGAAAUUUUCUAUUUUUACGCUCAUGGAACUUCAAAAAAAUGAAUUUUUAGUGGCCACUUUAGGGUUUCAACGUGUUAGUGACCACUCUAGAAGUCGAUUCAGUGGCCACUUGAGGGACUAUAUUUAAGUGGGCUCUUUAGGAGUAUUUGUGGUACUUCUAGACCACAAAAACCACUUUAGUGGCCACUUAGACGCAAGAUAGUGGCUUCUACAUGAGGCGGUUUGAGUGGCCACUUAAGAGUCCUUUCCAAGUAGUUAAUGUGACCAAAAAACUUUGAGAAUCACACUGCAAGCCCUCUGACUCUCACGAAUUAUUGUCUUUGCAGAGGAGACCAGCACAGCGACGACUUCGCCGUCUACGUCGGCAACCUGCGAUUCAUGCUGUCGCGGUCGCAGUUGUCGCGCGCCUCGCCGUACUUUGCGCAGCUGUUCGCGAUGCACGACCCGCUCCGCGGCGAUAUUCGUCUCGAAGUCGACGCCGACCAGUUCCAGACCAUCCUCGACGUCCACACCGGCCAUCAGGCCAUCGAUGGUUCCAUUUUUUCGAUUACUUCUAGGAACGGAAUGUUUUGUAGAGUCCAACAUCGACACCAUCAUGGAGUUGGCCGUCAAGUUCAAGUUCAACUCCAUUUUUGAGACCUGCGAAAGGUAUCUCGCUGAGACGGUUAGUUUUUUAUGAACUUGAGUUGAUUCACGGUCCACUGAUUUUUCGGGGUACUGUAGAAAGUUUCGAAAUUACAAUGGGCCUUCGAAAAUUGAUUUUAUUACCGGUUUAUCAACUAUAUCGAAGAAGGAAAAUUAGAAAUGAUUUAUGAAUCAAUAGAGUGGACAUUUUAGUGAAUUUUUAGCCCUCUCUCAUUAAAAAAAUCGUUUUUUUCUCGAUUUUAAGAUUGUCUAUUUUUUUUAACAUUUUCUAUUAUUUUGAUCAAAAAAAUAGACAAAAAAAGUAUUACUCAACGAUUUUUUUCAGCGAAACUAACACAGGACUUUGAGGAAAUUAAUUUUUUUUCUUUUGAGUUUGGUUUUUUUCUCUUGAAGAAAGCCUUAUUUUUACGUUGAAAAACAGCUUUUUUUCUGUAGAAUGGACACGAAAGCCUAUAAAAAACAUUAUUAUGAAUGGAAAAAUCACCGUAAAUCUUUGAAUCAAACUAUUAUGGUCCAAAAUUGUCUGGGACAAGUGGAUUUUGUUUGAAAAUUUGAACUCAGAAUUCUGUAACGAAAACGGGACGCGCUCCGAAAGUUUCUGAGCGAUUCUAGGGGUCACUUAAGAGCCUUGACGCUACUAAAGUGGUCACUAGAAAUGCCCCGACACGUCCGAUUCGCGUUACCAAGGUCCGAGAACUUUGCAUUUUGCUUGAAAAAAAAAAGCAAAUCCCGGGAUUUGCAGUUGCCGCAGUACUCGAUAAUGCACGCGAUUCGGCUCGCCGAGAAAUUCAAGCUGGGGCACAUCAAGCAGCAGCUCUUCGACACGAUCUCCCUCGACGUCUUCCGGUGAAUAUUCAAUUCUGAUUCUCAUCUCCCUUCUCAGUCCGUAGUCAAAGAACUUUGGUUUUAUCUUCUCGAAUUUGGGCAUCUUUCCAGGGCCCUCUCGGCCGACCAGCAGUACCGGAUGAUGGACGCCGAACUCAAGGCGGAACUCCUCGAGAAAUGGGGCACUUUCCUCUAG